AGACAUUUUAUAAUUACCGAAUAAAACCGUUCAAAUGGCUAAAACUAAGCCUAACAAAGCCCAAACAAAAUUAUUAACAGUGUGAUAAUGGGCUUGCCCUCAAUAAAGUGUCAGCAAAUAAAUAAAUAGAGGCCUAGAAAGGUGCAACAAAAUACGCCUGGCCAUUUGUGCGCGUGUGUGUGUGCCAUUGAUUACAUAGUGGCAUAGACGACGAGUAUAGGCAUAGGUGCGAGCGAGAGGGGGCGAAUCAUUGGAAAAGGGGCAGCAACAAAAACCGCAUUCCAUUUCCAGAAAUCCAGGUUGCAGCAGCUUCCAUCCAUGAGAAAGUGAUUGAUUGCCAUGCACCAUCAUCAUCCGCCGUUGCCCAUAACAGGAGCAAGUGGCUCCACGGCAGCGGGUGCAGGAGGAGCAGCUGGAACAGCGGAGGAGGCACCACCACCAGCUGUGGCCGCUGGACCUGCCACCACCACCACUCCGUCCGGAUCCAAUGCCCAGCAACAACAGCACCAGCGACGUCGCAAGAAGCGACCCAAUUACAACUACAAUGGCAUCCGUACCGUGGAGGUGCGUCGCGGUUACAAUGGCUUUGGUUUCACCAUAUCGGGGCAGCAACCCUGCCGGCUGUCCUGCAUCAUCAGCAGUUCACCCGCCGAGCAAGCGGGCCUGCGUUCCGGGGACUUCCUCAUCUCCGUCAACGGACUGAAUGUCUCCAAGUUGCCACACGAAACCGUGGUCCAGCUGAUAGGCAACUCCUUUGGCAGCAUACGCAUGCAGAUCGCCGAGAACUACUACUCGGACAGCUCGGAUGAGGAGAAUGCCCAUGCCACGUUGAGGGGUCAACUGCUGGCCGCCAGUUUGAGGCACAAGCCCAGGUUUCUGCACCACAAGGCCAAGCUCCACCGGCUGCGUAACUCGCCGCAAAAGAAGCUGCCCCUGCCAGUGGAGGCAGUCGAAUCCCCACAGAGUUCCAAGGCCUCCCCCGCCGCCGAACACCUGACACUACGACCCGUCCUGGAGGAUGCCCCGCUGGCAGCCGGCAAUCCGUCCAAAGCAGCCGCCGAUGUGGCCAAUGUCAGUGCCAUGGUACGGGCCGUGGGCAGUGCUGCCCUGGAGUAUCGCGUUAUUGUGGGCUAUCUGGGCACCAUUGAGAUGCCCAAGCAGAUUUCCCACAGCUCCAAGUUGCAGACCGUGAGGUCAUGCAUCCGCAAACUGCGCCAGGAGAAGCGACAGCCCACCAUUGUGCUGAUGUGCAUUACACCGGAUAGCCUGAGCCUGCAGAGCUCCGGCGGCGGAGUGCUGGCCACCUACUCCUCCGCGAGGUUGAACUACGUGAGCUCGUCGUCGGAGAGCGAGAAUCGCUUCUUUGGCCUAGUCACCAGCGCCGUGCACAACACCCAGAUCGAGGAGGAGUACGAGCCGCCGAGCGCUGCUGCCGCCGGCCACAUUAGCAUCUCGCACAGCUGCCAUGUGUUCGUGAUCGACACCAAGCUGAUUGAGCACGCCCAGCAUUUGCAGCGGGCCCACGAGUUCCGGCUGCAGUGCACCAGGGAUCCCAUCUCUAACUUGUGCCUGGAGUUUCCCAACAACUCGGAGUAUGUGGUGAAUCUGGUGCGCAGCAUGUACACCAUGCGUAUCCUGCCGCCUGCUAGCAGGAGUCAUCAGGUGGACUACGAUGCAGGAGGAGCAGGCGCUGGAGGAGCGGCUGCCCACUCGCCGCAGCCAUCGAACCACAGCGAGAUCUCCACCACCACCUCGAAUUCCGAUUCUGGUAUUGGCUUCAAUAACGAUUGCACGAAUAUUUCCGAUCGCAUUCUAGUGGUGGAUUUUCUCGGUGGAGGAGCAGGACAAGGAGCUGCCCAUGCAGGACCACCGAAUUAUCCGGCUCCGGCGCGUCCACUGGGCAUCGUGGGAAUUCCGGACAACCGACUGACUGUGCGGGCCAUGCCCGAUCAUGCUGCUCUACUUAAAUCGCCGUCAGAGAGCUCUUCGCUGCGGCGACCCAAUCUUUUGGCCAGCUUCAAUCUGAUCAAGAGUCCUGCCACCAAUCUCACUUCCACCCGCUCCUGUGAUGAUGUUCUGAAUCUCUUUGUGGACGACUCGCCACGAGCUUUCGGCGCAGUGGCCUCCAUGGACGACAUAUCGUUGCACUCGGCUGCUCCGUCGCUGGAUGAAACGCACACCUUUGCCCAUCCAUCGUGUGUGCCCCGCAAGAUGCGCAGAUCGUUGGCUCUGGAUACGCCCACAACGCCGCACAAGCUGAGUGCCCAGGUGUUUGGCCAACCUGGUUCGCGACACUCGCUGGGAUUCGAGGCCAUCGACAGCGUUCAGUCUUCUUCGGUCAGUGGGGCAUGCAUCGACCAGCCCAUGGACACCUGGGCCAGCCUGCAGAAUCUACAUAAGUCCCACAAGGAUCAUCGAACCAGUCUGUCGGCCUCUUCAUCCUCACAUUGCCUUUUAGAAGCUACGAACAGCGAACCGGAUCUGGGGAACCGCGCUCUGCCCGCCAAUGCCUCGCCUUUUCGCCGAGCCUGGGGACAGUCUUCCUUCCGCACGCCCCGCUCCGACAAGGUGGCCAAACAGCAGCAGCAGCAGCAGCAGCUGGGACAAUCCUCGCCUGUGAGACGCACUGCCUCGAUGAACGCCUCCGACAACGACAUGUACAUCAAGACACUGAUGCUGGACUCGGAUCUGAAGGCGACGCGCAGUCAGCAGCAGCUGAGCCUGCUGCAGGUGCCCAAGAUCCUGACCACGCCCGCCCCGCCCUCCGCCAUCACAGUGUCCGUGGCUGGAGAGGAUGCGGCGGCCCAGGAACACGGCUGUCCCAGCAGCUGGGGUAGCUCCUUCGAGCGGAUGCUGCAGGAUGCCGCCGGCAUGCAGACCUUCUCCGAGUUCCUCAAGAAGGAGUUCUCGGCGGAGAACAUCUACUUUUGGACCGCCUGCGAACGCUACCGUCUGCUGGAAUCGGAGGCGGAACGGGUGCUCCAGGCACGCGAGAUCUUCGGCAAGCAUCUGGCCAACAGCAGCAGCGAUCCCGUCAACGUGGACUCGCAGGCACGCAGCCUCACGGCGGAGAAGCUGGCCACUGCCGCCCCGGACAUCUUUGCCGCCGCUCAGAAGCAGAUCUUCAACCUGAUGAAGUUCGACAGCUACCAGCGCUUCAUCCGCUCCGAUCUGUACAAGAGCUGCGUGGAGGCGGAGCAGAAACACCAGCCGCUGCCCUACAGCGGCAUGGAUCUGGACGAGCUGCUCAAGACGAAUUUUCACUUGGCCGCCUCCUCCAAGCUGAAAAAAUCGGCUAGCAAUGCGGAGGAUCGGCGGCGCAAGAGUCUGCUUCCGUGGCACCGCAAGACGCGGAGUAAGUCCCGCGAUCGCGGCGAGAUAAUGGCCGACCUGCAGCACACGCUGAUGCCGGCGCCACCGCUGCCACCGCCUGCCCUGCUGACCAGCGCCUCGCUGAAGCUCGUCUCCGGCCAGAAUUCCCUGAGCGAUCUGCACAGCUCGAGGUCGUCGUUGUCCUCCUUCGAUGCGGGCACAGGGACCAACACCAGUGGCGGCGGCGGACAAGGGGCCAGUGCGGAGAGCGUGUGCUCGCUGUGUCGGGUGAUACUCACCGAUGGAGCCACGACCAUUGUGCAGACGCGGGCAGGCGAAACGGUGGGCGAACUGGUGGAGCGACUGCUGGAGAAGCGGAAUUUGGUGUAUCCCUACUACGACAUUGUGUUCCAGGGCACCACCAAGUCCAUCGAUGUGCAGCAGCCGUCGCAGAUGCUGGCCGGCAAGGAGGUGCUGAUCGAGCGGCGGGUGGCCUUCAAGCUGGACCUGCCCGAUCCCAAGGUGAUCUCGGUGAAGAGCAAGCCCAAGAAGCAGCUGCACGAAGUGAUCCGGCCCAUACUUAGCAAGUACAACUACAAGAUGGAGCAGGUGCAGGUGAUCAUGCGCGACACGCAGGCGCCACUGGAUCUCAAUCAGCCCGUGACAAUGGCCGAUGGCCAGCGGCUGCGCAUCCUGUUGCUGCACGGCCAUUCGGAUUUUCAGGUAGGCGGCGUCAGUGGCAGUGGUAGCAGCAGCAGCAGCAGCAUGACCAUGACCACGGUGCCGCCGAAGCAAAGCAAACCAAUGAAGCCGCUGCCGCAGGGCCAGCUGGAUGAGCUGACGAACAAGGUGUUCAGCGAACUCUUGGCCAGCAAGGUGGAUGCGGCGCAGGAGAAGCCCCGACCCAGCGAUCUCUGCUCCAUGAAGUCGAACGAGGCGCCCUCCGAGUCGUCCUCCUCGCUGUUCGAGCGCAUGCGGCGCCAGCAGAGCCAUGGCAGCAACAUUCCGGGCAGCAAGUUGCCCAAGCUCAAGAAGAAGUCCACCAGCAGUCAGCAAUCGGAGGAGGCGGCGACGGUGGCGAUGGCGGCGACGGUGGCGGAUCCCAAGAAACCCAUCAUAGCCAAGCUGAAGGCGGGCGUGAAGCUGCAGGUGACGGAGCGAGUAGCCGAGCACCAAGAUGAACUACUCGAGGGCCUGAAGCGGGCACAGCUGGCACGGCUGGAGGAUCAGCGUGGCACCGAGAUCAACUUCGAUCUGCCCGAUUUUCUCAAGAACAAGGAGAAUCUCAGCGCAGCUGUGUCCAAGCUGCGCAAAGUGCGCGCCAGUUUGAGUCCCGUGGGCAAGGUGCCAUCCCCGUCGCCCACGGAAAUUCCCCAGCCGGCGCCACGUCUGUCCAUCACACGCAGCCAACCGCAGUCGCCCAUGAAGGUGGACCACCAGGAGCUAGAGACUGAGCUGCUGCCGGCCGCCGAGAUGCAGGACCAAACGGAUCAGUUUGCCAAGGCGCCGCCUCCGUUGCCGCCCAAGCCAAAGGUGCUGCCCAUCAAGCCGUCCAAUUGGGGCGUGGCUCCAGCUGUGGCUGUGGCCCAGCCCACGACGGCCAACUAUUGCAACAAGUUCUCGCCCAGCAAACAGCAGGUGCUGGUGGCAUCCCCCACCAAAGAAGCGGCCAAAGUGGCAACGUUUGCCAGCAAAAUACCAUUGGAAUUGGGACGAAAGUCUCUGGAGGAGGCGGCGGGCUCGCGGUGUGCCUAUCUCGAUGAGCCCAGCAGCAGCUUCGUGUGAUUGAAUUGGCUUUACCAGAUCUGACGCUGAUCUUGCUUGUAUAUACAUCUACAUAUGUGUGCACUAUUUAUUGAUACUGUUUAUCGUUAGUGGUCCCCGUUGAAUGUCCACAUGUCCACCCAUGACAAACUUUUGUAUGUUAACUACUGAGUGAACGCCUGUAUUUAUAACUAGCCACCCUAAGCCUUAGCUCUACUACAUUUCGUAUAAAUAUUAUAUAUACCACAAACAUGUAAUAA